AUGGCGUCCAAGGGCAUCCUCAAGAACGGCGGCAAGCCACCGACUGCGCCAUCGUCGGCGGCUCCCACCGUGGUCUUCGGUCGGCGGACGGACUCCGGGCGAUUCAUCAGCUACUCGCGCGACGACCUGGACUCGGAGAUCAGCAGCGUCGACUUCCAGGACUACCACGUCCACAUCCCCAUGACGCCGGACAACCAGCCCAUGGAGCCUGCCACCGACGAGCAGCAGUACGUGUCCAGCUCGCUCUUCACCGGCGGCUUCAACAGCGUCACCCGCGCCCACGUCAUGGAGAAGCAGCCCUCCGCCGCGCGCCGGGCCGCCUCCGCCUCCGCCUGCAUGGUGCAGGGCUGCGGCUCCAAGAUCAUGCGCAACGGCCGCGGUGCCGACAUCCUCCCCUGCGAGUGCGACUUCAAGAUCUGCGUCGACUGCUUCACCGACGCCGUCAAGGCCGGCGGCGGCGUGUGCCCGGGGUGCAAGGAGCCGUACAAGAACGCGGAGUGGGAGGAGGUGGUGGCGGCGUCCAACCAGGACGUGCUCAACCGGGCGCUGUCGCUGCCGCACGGCCCCGGCCCCGGCCCCAAGAUGGAGAGGCGGCUGUCGCUGGUGAAGAAGCAGAAUGGUGGCGAGUUCGACCACAACCGCUGGCUCUUCGAGACCAAGGGCACCUACGGCUACGGCAACGCCAUCUGGCCCGACGACGGCGCCGACAGCGACGGCGCGCCGGUGCCCAAGGAGCUGAUGAGCAAGCCAUGGCGGCCGCUCACCCGCAAGCUCCGGAUCCAGGCCGCCGUGAUCAGCCCGUACAGGCUGCUGGUGGUGAUCCGGCUGGUGGCGCUCGCCUUCUUCCUCAUGUGGCGCAUCAAGCACCAGAACGAGGACGCCAUCUGGCUGUGGGGGAUGUCCAUCGUCUGCGAGCUCUGGUUCGCCUUCUCCUGGGUGCUCGACCAGCUUCCCAAGCUCUGCCCGAUCAACCGCGCCACCGACCUCACCGUCCUCAAGGAGAAGUUCGAGACGCCCACGCCGAGCAACCCCACCGGCAAGUCCGACCUCCCCGGGAUCGACGUGUUCGUCUCGACGGCCGACCCGGAGAAGGAGCCUGUGCUGGUGACGGCCAACACGAUCCUCUCCAUCCUUGCUGCCGACUACCCCGUGGAGAAGCUGGCGUGCUACGUGUCCGACGACGGCGGGGCGCUGCUGACCUUCGAGGCGAUGGCGGAGGCGGCCAGCUUCGCCAACCUGUGGGUGCCCUUCUGCCGGAAGCACGACAUCGAGCCGAGGAACCCGGACAGCUACUUCAACCUCAAGAGGGACCCUUUCAAGAACAAGGUGAAGGCCGACUUCGUCAAGGACAGGCGGCGCGUGAAGCGCGAGUACGACGAGUUCAAGGUCCGCGUCAAUGGCCUGCCCGACGCCAUCCGCCGCCGCUCCGACGCGUACCACGCCCGCGAGGAGAUCCAGGCGAUGAACCUGCAGCGGGAGAAGAUGAAGGCCGGCGGCGACGACGAUCAGCAGCAGCUGGAGCCGGUGAAGAUCCCCAAGGCGACGUGGAUGGCGGACGGCACGCACUGGCCGGGGACGUGGCUGCAGCCGUCGCCGGAGCACGCGAGGGGCGACCACGCGGGGAUCAUACAGGUGAUGCUGAAGCCACCCGGUAGCAGCGAGAUGGAGCAGCACGGGCGGCCGCUGGACUUCGGCGGCGUGGACACGCGGCUGCCGAUGCUGGUGUACAUGUCGCGGGAGAAGCGGCCGGGGUACGACCACAACAAGAAGGCGGGGGCGAUGAACGCGCUGGUGCGGGCGUCGGCGAUCAUGUCGAACGGGCCGUUCAUCCUCAACCUGGACUGCGACCACUACGUGUACAACUCCAAGGCGUUCCGGGAGGGCAUGUGCUUCAUGAUGGACCGCGGCGGCGACCGGCUCUGCUACAUCCAGUUCCCGCAGCGCUUCGAGGGCAUCGACCCCUCCGACCGCUACGCCAACCACAACACCGUCUUCUUCGACGUCAACAUGCGCGCCCUCGACGGCCUCCAGGGCCCCGUCUACGUCGGCACCGGCUGCCUGUUCCGCCGCAUCGCGCUCUACGGCUUCGACCCGCCGAGGUCCAAGGAGCGCAGCCCGGGGUUGUGCUUUCCCCGGCGGCGGAAGGGGUUGGGCGGGGAGGAGGAGGAGACGAUGGCGCUCCGCAUGGGCGAGGUGGGCGGCGGCGACGGCGGCAUGGGCAUGGCGAGCUUCCCGAAGAAGUUCGGGAACUCGAGCUUCCUGAUAGAGUCGAUCCCGGUGGCGGAGUUCCAGGGGCGGCCGCUGGCGGACCACCCGUCGGUGAAGAACGGGAGGCCGCCGGGGGCGCUGACGAUCCCGCGGGAGAGGCUGGACGCGUCGAUCGUGGCGGAGGCGAUCAGCGUGGUGUCGUGCUGGUACGAGGAGAAGACGGAGUGGGGGACGCGGGUGGGGUGGAUCUACGGGUCCGUGACGGAGGACGUGGUGACGGGCUACCGCAUGCACAACCGCGGGUGGAAGUCCGUGUACUGCGUCACCCACCGCGACGCCUUCCGCGGCACCGCCCCCAUCAACCUCACCGACCGCCUCCACCAGGUGCUCCGCUGGGCCACCGGCUCCGUCGAGAUCUUCUUCUCCCGCAACAACGCCCUCUUCGCAUCCUCAAAGAUGAAGGUGCUCCAGCGCAUCGCCUACCUCAACGUGGGCAUCUACCCCUUCACCUCCGUGUUCCUCAUCGUCUACUGCUUCCUCCCGGCGCUGUCCCUCUUCUCGGGGCAGUUCAUCGUGAAGACGCUCAACGUCACCUUCCUCAGCUACCUGCUCAUCAUCACCAUCACGCUCUGCCUGCUGGCCAUGCUGGAGAUCAAGUGGUCGGGCAUCGCGCUGGAGGAGUGGUGGCGAAACGAGCAGUUCUGGCUCAUCGGCGGGACCAGCGCCCACCUGGCCGCCGUCAUGCAGGGCCUGCUCAAGGUCAUCGCCGGGAUCGAGAUCUCCUUCACGCUCACGUCCAAGCAGGUCGGGGACGACGUGGAGGACGAGUUCGCGGAGCUGUACGCCGUCAAGUGGACGUCGCUCAUGAUCCCGCCGCUCACCAUCAUAAUGAUCAACCUCGUCGCCAUUGCCGUCGGCUUCAGCCGCACCAUCUACAGCACCAUCCCGCAGUGGAGCAAACUUCUGGGUGGCGUCUUCUUCAGCUUCUGGGUGCUCGCGCAUCUCUACCCCUUCGCCAAGGGCCUCAUGGGCAGGAGAGGCAGGACGCCCACCAUCGUCUACGUCUGGUCUGGCCUUGUCGCCAUCACCAUCUCUUUGCUCUGGAUUGCCAUCAAGCCUCCCUCCGCACAGGCCAAUUCACAGCUCGGAGGAUCUUUCUCUUUCCCCUGAAUCGAAUCUCAUCCAUCACACACUCUCAACAUACAUCUCUCUGCUUGUCACAAACCUAUUUUUGGUUGUUUCUGUUCAUUAUUCAUUAUUUAUGUAGUGCUAUUGUCAUUUCAACAGCAUUCCUACAAACGGGAAAAAAAACUUGGACAGGUGUAAUACAUUCGUUAGGACAUGUACAACCAUCUUUACUAGCCGACACUCUAUAUAUAUAAUUGCCAUAAUGACAAAUUCGCUCAUAUGCAAGAUAGA